AUGGAUCCCUUCAACAACCCGAACAAUUCGAACAAUCCCAACAAUCCGAACAAUCCCAACAACCCGACCCAACCGAAUGUUUUCUCGGUUUCGGGAUAUUAUCCGACGCUAGAACCGAACCAAUUCUCGCAAUAUUCAUCAAAUGCGUUUGCAUCAUUCCAACACUCGCCAAACCAAUUCACUCAAUUCUCUCAAAAUCAAGCCCUUCAACAAAUGAUGAUGCAGGGUGCUUUGAAUUUCCCACCGAACCCGACACCACCCGUUCAACCCCAACCGAUCCCUACGCAACCCGUUCAACAAUCCGAACCCGACGAUGAUAUGGAGAUUGUUCCCGAAACCCAACCGUCUAAAGAAAAAGGUAAUAAUCAAACGGGUGACGGGUUUUGGUCCAAGGUUUUAGCGAAGUUCCUCGGCCUUAUGGAACAAGGCCCGUAUCGAGAUAUCGACUCGGUGUCAUCAAAGUGGCGGAAAAUGAACGCGUCCAUCAAUAGGUUUUGUGAGGAAUAUAAUAAAAUAUAUACAAGUGAGCGUCGUAGCGGCAUGAGCGACGACGAUGUGUUCAAAAAAGCGUUGGACAAGUAUAAGGCGAACAAUGGUAAUACCAACUUUGCUCACGUUCGCGCGUGGGGAAUUUUGAAAAACGAACCAAAAUGGGCGCCGAUUCCCAACGAGAUGGAGAUGGCGAAAUGCCAAAAAACAUCGGAAACGGGUAGUUUUAGCGUCGGUGGAUCGGACGCGAGGUGUCACAUAAACUUAAAUGAUGACGCUGACUUUGACGAAGAGGAGUAUGCCGUACAUGAAGCGGAGCGUCCACCGGGCCGAGACAAAUCAAAGAAGGAACGGGCCAAGGGGAAAGAAAAGGAAAAGGUGGACCCGAAGAUGGAAGAGUUUAUGGAACACUUAAAAAUGUACAACGACGUCUCGGCCCAAAAGACGAAGGCGAAGGAGCGAGCCGUCGAAGAAAAAACUCGUGUAGCGGAAGAAAAGUUACACGAGAAGGUCCGAUUGUCGAAUGAGAAAAUCCGAAUUUCCGAUGAAAAAAUUCGGCUCAAGUAA